AUGCCUGCGCGUGUGUACGUGUGGGGAGCCCGGUUCUGGGCCGCAGCGCGCUGGGCUGCACUCUGGCUGCACCUCCUGGCGUGCACCGCGGCGGCGCCACAGGCCCCUGGACCCUCUGACCACCGCCCUCCGGACACCCUUCCCGCGCGGCCCAGAGCCCAGUGCCGGCACCGGCGAUGGCGCGGGACUGACCGCCGCCUCCCCCGGGGACUCCGCCGCCCCAGCUCGGGGCAGCCCGUGGCCCCGCAUGCGGGGCGGGUGGGCACGCCCGCGCCGGAACGAGUGGCCCUCGGCGCCCCAGAGGAGGUGCUGGGCCGCACUACAAGAGGAGGCAGUGGAGCGGGCCGGGCCGAACUCCCCUGGCGCCCCGAUCCCAGAGCACGGGCUCCCCGGAGGGAGUUCGGGGCGUCCCAGCUACAGAGGAGGGACCCGGAAGCAGAAGCGGAGACCGACGGGGCGCCCAGGUCGCGCGCCGAUUCCGCGGAGCCCAGUGGCCGCGGCUGCGGAAGCGACUUGGGCCGCGUGGACGGGAGCGCCCUGGAGCCCGAGAGGAAUCAGAGGGCCCCGGGCUGGAGGAAGAGCCAAGCGCUGGGGCCGCCAGAGGGACUGGCACUCACUGAGCCCCUCAACCCCCAGACGUUACAGCUGCAGCUGGAGGAGGAGGAGGGGGGAGCCGAGGACCAAGGAGUGGGAGGGGAUGCAGAGCCGGAGCUGACCUCCAGUGGAGAAGCCGGGCCGGAGACCUGCACCCGGCUCCCUGACGGGCUGGUCCUGGACGUGCUGGGCCAGCGGCGCCCACCCCCGGCCAAGAAGCACAUCUUCUGCACCGUGUACUGCGUGGAGAACGACCUGCCUGACCCCGAGCAGCUCCCGCCUCCUGGCUCGCCGCCUCGGGGGUCCCCUCCGCCGGUGCCCAGCCCUCCCAGCACCCCCUCCUCCUUCCCCAGCCCCCAGCUGCCCCUUCCAGCUGAUACCCUCUCCCCCGACGGCGGCAGCAUCGAACUGGAGUUCUACCUGGCACCCGAGCCAUACUCUGUGCCCAGCCUGUUGGGAGCUCCACCCUCUGGGCUGGGCGGGGUAGGGGAUCCCUAUGAGCCCCUCAUGGUGCUGAUGUGCCGGGUGUGCCUGGAUGACAAGCCCAUCAAGCCCUUGCCCUGCUGCAAGAAUGCCGUGUGCGAGGAGUGCCUCAAAAUCUACCUGAGCUCACAGGUACAGCUUGGCCAGGUGGAAAUCAAAUGCCCUAUCACAGAGUGUUUUGAAUUCCUAGAAGAAACAACUGUUGUCUAUAACUUGACACAUGAAGACUCCAUCAAAUAUAAGUACUUCUCGGAACUCGGCCGCAUAGAUUCCAGCACCAAGCCAUGCCCUCAGUGCAAGCACUUUACAACCGUCAAGAGAAAAGGACAUAUCCCCACCCCUUCCAGAUCAGAAAGCAAAUACAAAAUCCAGUGCCCCACUUGCCAAUUUGUCUGGUGUUUUAAGUGCCACUCUCCUUGGCAUGAAGGCGUUAACUGCAAGGAGUACAGAAAAGGAGACAAGCUCUUACGCCACUGGGCCAGCGAAAUUGAGCAUGGGCAGAGGAACGCCCAGAAGUGUCCGAAGUGCAAGAUCCACAUCCAGAGGACUGAAGGGUGUGACCAUAUGACUUGUUCACAGUGUAACACUAACUUUUGUUACCGAUGUGGGGAGAGAUACCGCCAGCUCCGUUUCUUUGGAGACCACACAUCAAACCUCAGUAUAUUUGGAUGCAAAUAUCGCUACCUCCCAGAGAGACCUCAUUUAAGGAGAUUAGUUCGAGGGUCAGUCUGUGCUGGAAAAUUAUUUGUUGCACCUCUAAUCCUAGUCGUGGGAUUGGCACUUGGGGCCAUAGCAGUUGUAAUUGGUUCCUUUGUAUUUCCUGUCUAUUGCCUUUGUAAAAAGCAGAGAAAACGGUCGCGGACUGGUAUGCACUGGUAA